CGGAAAGAGGAGUUUCUAAUCCAACAAAUCACGAGCAAUCUCAGAUAUCCCUCCCGCUUUCUCUACCUCACUCAUUUUUUUUCUUCCUCUUCUCAUUGUUUUCGACAGUAGCAAGUCUCAGCCAUCUUUGGUCUCCAACUCCUCUUGACAGCUAGUUGCCAAUCUAAUCUAGUCUAACCGACCACACCCAGCACUUACCACCCAAAGUCAGCCCACGAUGUCGACCGAGGACUACUCCAAGAUCCCUACGCCCGAGACGGCGUACUGCGACUUCUGCCUGAUCCCCGUCGGGACGGGCAGCGUCUCCGUCGCCAACGAGGUCGCCCAGGUUCAGCGCCUGCUGAAGGCGAGCGGGCUCAAGUACACGAUGCACUCGGCCGGUACGACCGUCGAGGGAAGCUGGGAUGACGUCUUCCGCGUCAUCGGCCAGGCGCACUCCCUGGUCCACCAGAGCGGCGUCGUCAGGAUCCAGUCGUCGAUGCGCGUCGGUUCGAGGACGGACAAGAAGCAGACGGCCGAAGACAAGGUGAAGCGGGUCGAGGGCAUUCUGGCGUCGGACAAGUGAGUGAAGUGGGCUGUCGGAACAAACCUGCAGCACACGCACGAUGGGGGUGGGAAACAGGCAUGGAGAUGGCGGCUUAUUAAGUCUUUUUGACUGGCACAGGAUAACACUAUUUGAUUUCCCGCGCCGCCCUUCGUGAUAGUACAUGUAUACAUCUCAGCCCAAGCAAGCAUAUUGUAGUAUUGACACCGCGGACUCCGCGUGACCC